AUGCGUGUUGUACAUGUUAUCCCGCUGCUCUGCAGCCUCAUUGAGGCCAAGAUUGACAGGCAAAAGGUCAUUCAAGCCUUCAACCCUCGCCGUAAUGCCAGCUCUUCCGAGACGCCGCUACAGGUAGGCAACGGCAACUUUGCCUUCGGUGCCGACAUCACAGGUCUCCAGACCUUCAGCCCCUUUGCGACGAUGUCAACGUGGGGGUGGCACAACUUCAGUUUGCCCACAACGCCCGGUCAGACUCAAAUCGAAGACUACCACGGCACAGAGUGGUGGACACACGGUCGACUCGUCCAAUACAACAUGGCCAACCCCUCAAACAAUGACAUCGCAGACUGGCUCCGCGAGAAUCCGCACCGCAUAAGUUUAGGCACCAUCGGCUUCUCCUUUUCUGACGGCGGCAACACGACGGUCACGGAGGACAUGCUCAGCAACAAGAACCAAACCCUAGACAUGUGGACGGGCGUCGUUUACUCCAGCUUCACAUAUAAGAACCACACCGUCAAAGUCGAAACCUGGGCCGACCCAGCCUCAGACACCGUCGCCGUGUCCGUCGAAUCAGCCCUCCUCUCCUCCGGCGCCCUCUCCAUCUUCUUCGACUUUCCCUACCCGACAAACGACAAGUUCGGCGCGCCGUUCGUAGGUGUCUUCAAUCAGACGGACUUACACAAGACGUCUCUAUCGACCCCUGACGGAGGAGAAAUCAACAAGGCCAGGAUCCAUCAUGACUUGACCACGACGCAGUACGACCUGUCACUCGAGUGGGAUGCCGCCGGUGGUAGCGGUGCUAUCAAGACACCCACCGACGGGAGCCAUCGAUAUGUUCUUUUGACCAGUGGGACGAAUACGCUGAGUUUCACGGCCAACUUUGCGCCCUCUGCACCAGAAUCUGCACCCGAGUUUGACGGUGUCGUAGCGGCUUCGAGGGAAUGGUGGCCAUCGUAUUGGAAUAACGGGGCCUUUGUAGACCUGACAGAUACCGUGGAUGCCAACGCUACUGAGCUUCAGCGCAGAAUAAUCCAGUCUCAGUACCUCGUGGCGGUGAACUCGGCGUCCGACUACCCUCCGCAAGAAUCCGGUCUUGUGAACAAUGGAUGGUUUGGCAAGUUCCACAUGGAAAUGAUCCUCUGGCACACCCUCCAAUUCGCCCGCUGGAACAACCACGCCCUCCUCGCCCGCUCCCUCCCACGAACCUACACCCACCUCCUCCCCUCCUCCCUCACCCGCGCCUCAACGCAAGGCUACGCCGGCGCCCGCUGGGGCAAGAUGACGGACCCCUCCACCAUCGACGCUCCCGGCGAGAUCAACACCCUCCUCAUCUGGCAGCAGCCGCACCCAAUGUACUUUGCCGAGCUCGCCUACCGCCACGCGCCGAACCCGAAAAUCCUCGCCGACUGGGACGCCGUCCUCACCGCAACGGCGGACUUUAUGGCCUCGUACGCCUUCCGCAACGAGACGACGGGCGUCUACGACCUCGGUCCGCCCAUGUACCCCGUCUCGGAGAACACGAACCCCAACGCCACCGUCAACCCGACCUUUGAGCUCGCGUACUGGCGCUUCGGCCUCGACGUCGCAAUCUCGUGGAAAUCCCGCCAGAACGCCUCCGUCCCGGAACCCUGGACCACCGUCAGAGAUAACCUCGCGCCGUUACCCAUCAUCGACGGCACGUACCCCGUCUACGAGGGCAUCCCCAACAUGUGGACCAACACGACGGUGCAGGACCACCCCGCCAUGGCAGGCAUCUUUGGCCUCCUCCCGCCGCCGGCCUCGGGCCCGCCACUGAACCGUGCCGUGCUCGAGGAGACCGCCGCCCGGAUAUGGGCGCUGUGGGACCUCGACGAGUCCUUUGGCUGGGACUUCCCCAUGCUCGCGAUGAACAGCCUCCGCCUGGGCGACGCGGAGCGCGCGGUCGAAUAUCUCCUCCACUCGACGUUCCAGUUCGAUGACGCGGGGUAUCCCGUCGGCGGGACGAGGGUGCCGACGCCGUACUUCCCGAGCUCGAGUAGCUUGCUGCUCGCUGUGGCUAUGAUGGCCGGUGGCUGGGAUGGCGAGGAAGGGCCUCACUUCCCCAGUGAGUGGGAUGUCGUAGUCGAGGGCUUCGUUCCUGGGUUGUAA